GAUUUCCAUGCAAUAUAAGUAAUGUAUAUAUAUAUGGUUAAUUAAGUUCAUCCCCUAGUCUAGAAAAUUAACAUAAACAAGUCUUUUUGAUGGGGUGUUCUUGUACCAAACCGCGAUUUCGGCAUGAAGAUCCGCCGGCAAUUCUUGCUGCACAAACUUACUUUAGUAUUUCUGAAAUUGAAGCAUUACAUGAUCUGUUCAAGAAAUUAAGCAGUUCUAUAGUCAAUGAUGGGCUAAUUAGCAAAGAAGAAUUUCAGCUUGGCUUAUUUGGAAGCAGCAAGAAACGAAACCUCUUUGGUGACAGGGUUUUCCAUUUAUUUGACUCAAAAAAUGAUGGUGUGAUAGAUUUUGGAGAGUUUGUUGAAGCUUUAAGCGUCUUCCAUCCAGCAGCACCCCAAGGACAAAAGGCAGCUUUUGCAUUUCGACUCUAUGAUAUAUGGCAAAGAGGCUUUAUUGAACCAGAUGAGCUAAGAGAGAUGAUAGAGGCACUCCUAAGAGACUCUGAUUUGGUUCUUUCUCAUGAUAUAAUUGAGGUCAUAAUUGAUAAGGCCUUUAAAGAAGCUGAUUUAAAAGGAGAUGGAAAGCUUGAUCCAGAGGAGUGGGAAAAAUUUGUAGCUCGGAAUCCAUCCUUAUUGAAGAAUAUGACAAUUCCAUAUUUGAAGGAUCUAAAUAUGCAGUUUCGUGGUUUUGAAUUGAUAUCAGACAUUGAAGAUGACACAAUCAGUACUCCAUGAUAAAGAAAUUGUCUCGAAAUUUGUGUCAAACAUUUAUAUUUGAGCAAAUAAAGAGAUAGCCAAUUUUAUAAAACUCGAUUGAGCUAAUGAUGAGUUAAUAAAAAUUUACAAACGAAAAUACUAACAAAUGUCUUAUAACACUAAAGUACAUUAACUUUUUAAGAUUUAAUUUUUUUUAUCAUUUACAUACUAUAUUUAUCUUUUAUUUCUUUUUUUGAAUUACUUGAGAACACUUGUUUACAUGCUUCAAUUUAUAAAUUUUAUGCUAUAUUC